GCUCUUCCGGCUGGCGCUCCGCCCCUUGGGCUGACAGGUGCGUCCACGCCCUGCAGCAGGGCGGACGGACAGGCGGACCGAGGGCAAGUGGACGGAGGCCUUCUCGGCUGCGGAGAGCCGGACAGUAUGUGGUAUAUGAAGAAAGUGGAAUGUUCCCAGGAUAAAUGAACAUGGCCAAUUCCCUCAGAGGAGAAGUACUGAAUCUUUACAAAAAUCUGCUGUAUCUUGGACGAGACUAUCCAAAAGGAGCAGACUAUUUUAAAAGGCGUUUGAAGAAUGUUUUCCUUAAAAACAAGGAUGUGAACGACCCAGAGAAGAUCAGAGAACUUAUUGCACGGGGCGAAUUUGUAAUGAAAGAACUGGAAGCCUUAUACUUCCUUAGGAAAUACAGAGCUAUGAAACAACGCUAUUAUUCAGAUACCGACAAAACUAACUGACGAUUGCUAUCAGAGUUGGCUAAAAGUGUAAAACAGUUCUGACUUAAGAUAGUCACCUACAGGUUGUAUUAAAAAAAUGCCACCCUAUUGUAGCUGCAUUUCAAUUUCCAUUCAAACCAAAACCUUGAUAAUCAAGUUUAUCCAAUUUUUAUUCUAAAAUAGUAGUUAAUAGUGCUACCAAUUAUAAGUUAAUGAAUAUCCAAUUUUGAAAGAACAUAUAAUACACUUUAAUGUGACUUAAGAUUUUAGCCAGCUAUUCUGCCCAUUUCCCCAUUUUACUGACAAGAUACUGCUUUUUAAUGUAUACUUCCUAGGUAAAAUAACUUCUUUUUCAUUUACUCCUAAUUUUAUUGACCCAUUUUCAUAAAUUAACAAUAUUAAGUUCAUGCUGAAGAUCUAAAUGUAGUUAUAGAAAUAAUAGGAUGUACAGAGUGAGGCUAUUUCUGACCCUCCAACUGUUGGUGACUGGUAUUAGAGACACAGGUACUCAGUGAACUCCAUAAUAAACUCUGCUGCUGGUCCCUUGGGGUCUAAAACCAAACCACCAAGGUGUGCCUCCAGCAGUAAGUGCCGUCCCCUUGUGCCGUCAUCUGCUUCUCAACCAGUGAACACGCAG